GUCUCCUAUCGAAGCAUAAGCAUAAGCCCUACCAGUAUCAGAGAUUUAUCGUUUUCCAUUGAUUCCAAGCCGUUUCUGCAAAUCGAUAAGUUUCACGUGCAAUCUUUUGUGCCCGACGAGAUCUAUGUAAGCACCAGCGUCGAUCACCUGGAGGCCAUCAACUUCAAUCUGACCAUAAAAGUGCCCUUUGCCGGCAAACUGCUGAUGCAUAUCUUCCUGAGAAAGCUCUCUGACACGCCUGGGGGCUCGGACUUCAGCGAUCUGAUGCGCUUGAAGAAUAGGGAUCUGUGCAAGAUGCUCGACUCGCUGCGGAAUAUCUCAACGGAUCAUGGCCAAGGGGAGAGCCUGCUGCCGUCCACCUUCUUCAUAUCCUGUCCGCUCGUUCCCGGAUUCUACUACGUGGCGAACAGUGCCAUUGAUGUGAAGUUUGUUCCCUUUCGCGUGCCCGAUGGCAGAUAUCUGGCAAUGCUGGAACUGGUGCAGGUUUACGAGGAGGUCAUCAAAUUGGUUACCUGCAGAAUCAAGUUUAGCAUGACAACCCCGCCGGGCUAUGUAGUGAAAUCAGAUCUGAAUAACAAGCCUCCAAAGGAAGAGCCUCCGAAGGAAGAGCCUCCGAAGGAAGAGCCUCCGAAGGAAGAGACUCCGAAGGAAGAGCUUCCGCAGGAAGUGCCUCCGAAGGAAGAGCCUCCGAUGGAGGAGUCCGAAGAUGUUUCCGAUAGUAGCCUGGAUGACUAUGAAUAAGUUUUGACCAUUCAUAUAUUAUAUCAUUGGUUCCACGCCUUAGACCUGCCGCAACAGUUGACUACGAUAUCUUUCUUUCAUCAUCUUUUCUGUGCGAAAUCAAAAUUUAUUGCCAUCUCCGAAACAGUUUAAACACAAAUUGACACAUCUCACACAUGGCCAGAGCCAGGCCCAUGCCAACUUAAUUGAAAUCCCCAGGGGCAUGGGAAAUAUACCGCUCAGCUACAGGCAGACGACAAUGAUCCAUUGUUGCACAGCUGAUACUUGAUAUGAUAUGCAUUUGGUAUACAUUUACUACAAUAUAUAUGCAUAUAUCUAUAUCAAUUUACGGAAUGUGUGACAACUGGUGGCAUUGCCAUCUGUUCAUUCUCAAAAUCCAUUAAAUUAACAUAUCUAGAGCGGCUGCGGCUGCUGGUCGAAUGUUUCCGGUUUUUCUUCUUCUAGUACGGAUAAGCUGCAGCCUCAUCGUCAUGAAUGACUUGGCUUCCAGCAUGACAUGGCACUAAUGCUGGCCUCCGCCCAGCCCAAAACUCGAAUUCAAAAUCGAACGUUUACUUUGCUUUGCUGUUUUAUUUUGUAUUGAUUUAGUGAUCGUAUCUUCACGAUUGAUGGCUAUUAGAAGUGUCAAAUAUUUAUGGAUCUUGAUCUUCACUCUCAUUCUGUCCGGCUAUCAUUUGUUUUAAUUGGCUUGGCCAUUGAUCAAUCAGGCGUGGAAAGGUAAACAAUAUCCGCAAUAUCGUUCUUGAACUUGAAGGUGUUAAAGUGUUUAGAGGGGGCCUAUAAUAGUGAUAACUGAAUGGUGGAAUCUUUUUUGUGUGAUCUCAAUAGUCUUCUUCUUGCCUGAGCUGACCAACUUCCAGAGUGGCCUUCAGUUGAGCAGCUUUUUCAUUUACUUAGUAUUACUCAGUGUUUAAUCAACGAUCCAACUUAUUCAGUGGACCUCCCCCCACCCCCUCUGAUAAACAGAAGAUAUGCCACCUAAGUGAACAGGGCAUGGCUUUGGUUUCGGGGCUUUUAGCCGUUGGUUUAGUUUUUGCUGUUUAAAGACGAGCAUAAGCCUGACUUGCACAGAGACUCGAAGACACCUGCCAGACAGGGCCUUGCCCCCCUCCCCGCUGGCCUCUGGCCUGCAGAUGUUUUUGGCCAUGUUUCGUUUUGUUUGGUUUUCUUGUUUUGUGUCUGUCUUUGUUUUGUUUAUGUAUCGCUUAUUUGUCCACUUCUCCA